UACCCCCACAGAAAGUGCAUCGUUGUUUUGUUUUGCUGUGCUUGCUAACGAUUAAUAUUUCCCUCGUAGAAUUUUUAGAUUUAUCAAUAAUAUUAUCGAAAAUGCACUGCACGUUCUGCAAGGAAGGUGCAACCCAAUUGACACCGCACCACUUAUGUAGCUCAUGUAUAGUUCACCUAGAGGGCUGCAGCCAUUCGAAUCAGGUAGGGCAGCAAACUACCGGCAUGGUGAUAAUUCCCAAGAAAGAACCAAUUCAGGAGGCUGAAUGUGAUGCAUGCUCAGGUCGGUUUCCGGAGGAUGAUUUACCCGAGCAUAGGGCGAAAUGUUCGACACGAUUGGUGUUCCGAUGUGGCCUUUGCAGCGCUAGCUAUUUGAGCAUGGAAGUACUUUGGAAUCAUUUGGAUUCGCAUGAGGAAGCGAAUGGAAGUAAAGAUUCGUACUGUAGCGAAGAAAAGGUCAGCUACCGGUUGCAUCUGUGCGCUUUGUGUAACGAUCAGCGAGGUUAUCAGGACGAUGAUUAUUGGGAGCAUAUUCACGAAGAUCAUGAUGGAUUUUAUCUCAAAUGCGACGAAUGCGGGGAUAAUUUUCGAUCGAAAAAGCUACAAACUGAUCAUGCUUUGAAUCAAUGUAAGAGUCGACGGACAACGGACGUACCGGAUUUACUAGUGAAGCAAGAGUUCAUUAGCCUAGAUCUUCCAAUGCACGUUGAUAGAUUUGAUGAUUGCAGUGGAAGCAAUGAGGGGUCACCAAAUAACCCCGAGAAGGAACCCGAAGGUGAUAAUAUGGAGGUGGAAGAAAAAACAAUGGUUGAAUUGCCAUCGAAAGCGAUUGCUGAUACGAAAUGUCCGCACUGUGAAAAGGAACUACAUCGUGCAGCUGCGCUGGCCGUGCACGUCAAAGAUUGUCACACGCCAACAAAAUGUGAUCAAUGUGAUCUCGUCUUCGAAGGAAGGAGUCGAAUGUCGUAUCAUAAGUCCAAAACUCACCGGACACCAAAGUACGUCUGCCCACACUGUCCGAAAACAUUCCACUUGAAGAGUACCUAUCAGCCGCAUCUGCAAGCCCACCUCAAAGCGGACAGCUAUCCGUGUGACAUUUGCGAGAGACAGUGCAAGGAUCUGCGGUAUCUCGCUCAGCACUACAGACGAUACCACUAUCCGUAUGCUCAUUUCCAGAAACUGUUUGCGGCUCUAAAAGCACGUGAGCAAGGUGACAACACUGCCAUGGAUGAGUUUAAAGUCGAGAACGGGGCGAUUUUAAAAGAGCAAAUCAAGGAAGAAGAUACGGAAUCAGAAUCAGAUGGCGAGCAGGUUUCAGCGCGUGAUCACAAGAUCACGUGUAACUCGAAUCUUCAAGACAUAACUGAUGGAAAACCAUGUUCGACGGUAGGGUCAAUAUCCAUUAAACCCCCCGAUGAUCUGAAAACUUCAAAACCAGUUGUACUAAAACCAAUCGGCACCGUGUGUCCUUACUGUGAUAAAGAUUUCAAGAAAACAAAAAUCGUAACUGGACACAUAGAAUGUUGCCAUGAGCCAAUCGUUUGCGACGUUUGUGGAAUAACUUCACAUGGCACGACCGAAGCUCGUGACCAUAAGACGAAAAUUCACGCACAAAAAUUGUUCGAAUGUGUCCACUGUCCGAAGAAGCUCCAAAGCAAGACGUUUUACAUCGUCCAUCUCACAAAGCAUCUGAACGAUCGUAAAUUUAGUUGCCAAACAUGUGGCCACAGGUAUAACACGUUGGACAAUCUCAUCAGUCACUCGUCCAACUUUCACAAGGUUGAGAACGCAUGGGUGAAAGUUCAUAGCACUUUCAAAGAUUGCUACUUACAAGAUCCUGAACUUGCCUUCAAACACGGUUUGCAGAAGGAUAAUAUCGCUUUGAUAACUGAUGAAAGGCACGAUCCGGCCACCUCAAACACUUCCAAAACCGCACUGAAGUGUUCCCACUGCACCAGGGUGUUCUACGCCAACUGGAAACUUAACGCUCACUUCUCCGAAUGUCACCGGGAAGUCCAGUGUGACAUAUGCGGGGAAAGUUUUGCCGGAAAGGUACAAGCCCGGUAUCACCGUAAGAAGAGUCACACCGAUCCGCAGCUCCAGUGUCCCCAUUGCGAGGACAAGUUCCACCUGAAGGUACAACUGACGCGGCAUUUGACCAAGCACGUGCAGGAUAGGAAUUUUCCAUGUGAGAUAUGCGGUGCCAGGUUCAAAGAUCAGCACUAUCUCAAUAACCACAUUCAACGGAUGCACUACUGGAAUGAACCGACUAGUGCCGGGGAUGAAGGAACCAGUAAUGUUGAGUCAUUGGAUAAAGAGGCUCAGUCAUCACAAAUAGAAUUUGUUACGAUCAAGCAGGAGAUGGAUGAGUCCUAGGUGGUAGCUGUAUUUUGGUGGAUUUAGAUCUUAGUAGUGGGCCACAGCUUAUCAUUUUACUAGAUCUUCAAGGGCGUUGAAGAGUGAAACACAAACUUUAAAUAAAGACUUCGCAUAACUUUGAGUAGCUCUGUAAAGCUCUCAAGAUAAUUUUA